AUGAUGGCUACUGCCCCAGGCUACCGCCAGGCGUUGCCGACACCUCCGCCGGUCUACCUCCGAUCAACUCCCCCAUAUCCCUCGGACGAGUCAACACCGCGCACGAUCACAACUCCCCCGCAGAGCCUGAAUAUCAAUAGAAAACCCGUUCCAAUUCAUACAUCAUAUCCCGAAACCUCACCGGUCAUCCAGAACUCGCCGCGCUCUCCCGUCAAGAUCGACUAUGGGACAGACAUUCAGGCUUCGUCCGUCCCCAUCGAAGACUCUCACAAUGGGCCCACCACGCCGCAAUUGGAGCUCCCCGAGUUCGCAGAUAUGUCCAUAGAUGGCCCUGUGCAACCGCCCCAGCAGAGCUGGAAUCCUUCAUAUCCUCCGCGACGUGACUCGUCGCACGCCCCACAUUAUGCACGAUCGCACCCGUACGGGCACACGCCCGCCAGCAGUGGCUCGUGGUCAGUAGUGGAGCCGCAGCAGACAGAUGAGAGUCAUGGAAAUCCGAAAAAGAGCGCCUCUUCACUCGAGCGCCAGCGCCAGAGCUAUAACAGCUCCUCCAGAGGCAGUUUGGACAGCGUGGUGCAGACUUCAGACAAUUAUGAGCCUCUAGCGUACCACCACCAACAGAGCUCGCCGAAAUCGCCCGCAAAACCAACUGUCAAUGCGCCACAUACCCCCUCUGGAUCAACAGACAAGCUUGCAGUCCGCCGAUCACGGUUAUCGCGACCGUUGUCCGCCUACUCCUCGACCUCAGAUCACGGAGGCCACCAACGCAAUCUCUCUGCAUCACCUUACUUACACGCCAGAUCCUCAUCCCGGAACUCAAACGCGUCUCCGGACAACCGGUCAUCUUCAUUCCUUGACUUGCUCAACACAUCAUACCCCCAACCUGGUCCAUCAGCAGCGCGAUUUGACAACUCGCGCUUACAAGCCUCCGUAGGCAACAAUGCCUCCCUUCUCAGCCACAAAGAAACCUUCGAGAUGUAUCUAGCAAAUGUCAAGAAAACAGACGAGCCAACGGUGCUGUACGAAUUCGCUGUAUUCAUGAUAAACUCGAUGCGCGAGAUGCCAGCUGUGGACCUCGAGGAUGCAAGCCCCAUCACCAGGGCCCGCCUCCUUCGUGAAUCGAAGUCGAUUCUCCAGCGCCUGGCCGACCGGAGUUACCCCUUUGCCCAAUAUUACCUUGGCGAUGGGUACGCAUCAGGGCUGUUCAGCAAAGGUCGUGAAGACCACGACCGGGCGUUCCCGCUAUUCCUCGCAGCUAGCAAACACGGCCACGUCGAAGCCUGUUACCGCACAGCCCUAUGCUAUGAGUUUGGGUGGGGAUCUCGCGUCGACGGUGGCCGUGCAGUCCAGUUCUACCGCCAGGCGGCGUCGAAGAACCACCCGGGAGCCAUGAUUCGCAUGGCCAAGGCCUGUAUCGCUGGCGAUAUGGGACUUGGCAAGCGUUAUCGUGAGGGUGUCAAAUGGAUGAAGCGUGCGACGGAAACUGCAGAUGCGCAAUACAAUUCUGGACCGUAUGAGCUUGGAAUCAUGCACGAGAGAGGCUUUGGAGAGGAUGUCUUCCCGGACGAAACGUACGCCGCGCAAUUAUUCACCAAGUCUGCGGAGCUGGGCCACGUCGAGGCAGCUUACAGACUUGGUGAUGCGUAUGAGCACGGCCGACUGAAUUGCCCGCGUGAUCCAGCUCUCAGUAUUCACUUCUACACCUCUGCUGCACAAAACGGCCAUCCACUUGCGAUGAUGGCCCUCUGUGCCUGGUAUCUGGUUGGAGCAGAGCCUGUUUUGGAAAAAGACGAAAGUGAGGCUUAUGAAUGGGCGCUCCAGGCUGGCAACCUUGGCCUUGCAAAGGCGCAGUAUGCUGUUGGUUACUUCACAGAGAUGGGUAUCGGCUGCCGUCGUGAUCCCCUCGAGUCCAAUGUUUGGUAUGUCAAAGCAGCGGAUCAAGGCGAUGAGCGUGCCAAGCACCGCAUUGCCACUAUCCGCGCAGCAGGUGAUGGCACGCAUUUAACUGCUCGUGGCGGAGCGAAGAAAUCUGGGACUCGGCUCAAGAAAGCCGAGCGCAAUGAUCAAUCUCCGGGCAAGGACCAGGACCAGGAUAAACCCAAACAGAAGCGAUUUGUCAUUUUCUAA